AUGUCUGCCCAAGAAGACCAGGCUCUGCUCAUGCUGCAGCGGGCCAACCUGUCCCUUCGCAAAGCCAUUUUAGCCAACUUCCCUUGCGCCUAUGAGCACUUCCUACCUGCACCCACAGGAAUCACAGCUGAUCAGCGCAAUGCCAUCUACUGCAACGAAGCCAUGUUGGCUGACACUAUGAUGCCGCUUGACAAGGUCAUUUUGGGUCCUACGGGCAAAAGUGUCACCCGCAGCUACUUCACGUCCCUGGACAUGCUGGUGCCUCGCAAGACCGACAUUGGCACCUUUGACCUCAACGGGGGAGCCUCCCAAGAUGCCAACAGUCAAGAGUACAAGUAUACUUUGGCUAUGGAAUACCUUCGUAAAGCAGCGCCAGCCUCUGCCCAGAAAACCAACAAUGAUGUGAAGGGAUCCAAAGACACACUCGUCAAACGCGGCGUCCCUGCUACAACGGUUGACUUGUACGUCGAGAAGCAGCUGAACUGGUCCACGGCCCGCGCCAAAUGGGACGCCGCUCGAAACGAAGCCAUUGAGGCCAGGGAAUCACGCCCAGAUAAGCAGAGCGCUGCCGCGUUCAGUUUGCGACAGAAGAAGUUGAAGAGUGCUCAAGGCGAGCUUCACGCUCGUUGGAUGGACUGGGUUGUCAAUGGUGAUAAGCUCAAGGUUGACUACUGCUUCGCACUUGUCGAUCGUGACAGCAUCAUGGCUCGUAUCGAGAGAGCCAAGGAGGCAACGCGAGAUGCGAUGCUCACCAGCAUCGACGGCACUGAAUGGGCCCAAGUCCACUUUGAGCCAGCAAAUUGGGCAAAGCUAUGCCGGGACAAAGCGGUGGCAUGGCGCACACGGCAUCCAGCGAGCCCCGCGCACGUACAGAUGCAGCUGGAUAGCCUGCGCUCGAUGAAGGAGGCUUAUAAUGCCUAUGAUGCCCAAUUGGCACAACGUGCCGCAAGCGGCCAGCCUGGAGGGACUGCACCUACAGAGUUCGAUAUCAACACGGCCAAAUUUCCCGAUACAAACGUACCGGACAUUACAUCCAAAAAGGAAGAAAUCGAAUCCAAGGCCCCUGCCUUGCAAGCAGCAUUCAAAGAUUGGGAAGCUGCCAAGGCCGAGCCGACCCCUGACGCGGAAAAAGUGAGAAGACUGCAAUGGAAGGUCGCCGCGCUGGAAAACCAAGAGACGAUGAGAGUGGUGAAGGAGUACAAUAAACCAUCAGUUUCAGAAAACAAGCUGCAGGCUGCAGAGAAGCGCCUGAGAGAGGCCUAUAACGCGAUGUAUACCGCUGAGAAGAAAGCCAGGUCGAUUCCGAUAAUCCCGGGGGCGGACAAGGAGCUCGUCGAGAAGAAAGACGAGUGGCUCAAGGCGAGAACAGCGUUGACUGAGGCACAGACGGACGAGACUACAGCCCAACUCUCAGCCAGCGGAGCAGCCAACUUGCGAACGUCGAUCAAGUCUCGGAUUACAUCCUUGAACUCGGAGAUUCAGCGUCUAGAAGGUCGCUUGGCUGGAAAUAAUCCUCCAGACAUGAUCGUCGGGGUAGAGGGUGACAAGGAGGGACCCAUUGAGAAGAGCAAGCCAGAUACCAGCGGUGGUGCCGUUGGCAGUGGCCGUGGCGACUCGGGCACAGCCGACGUGUGGACCGACAUUGCCUUCACCGUGAGCGCCCAGAGCGACGACCACAAGCUAGAAGAGCAUGGCAUGUCGGGAGCCUUCCACGCAGAAGCUCAGACGUGGUACGCCGCCGUCAAGGCGGAGUCGAGCUUCUCCAAAAACGACAAGACCAUCAACGACUUCAUGUCAAAGUGCACCAUCAGCGGCUCAUUCUCCGCAAUGGUCGUUAGCAUCAAGAGGCCAUGGCUGCACGCCGAGCUGUUCCAGGACUUUGACAUUGACAUUCCGGCGGGCACAUUCCUGAGCCCCGGGGCCAAGACCAUCAAGUACUGGGUGGAAAACGGCGAUAACGAAUACAACGGCUACGUGCGAACCAAUUACGGAAAGUUUCCUGCGUAUCCAACGGCCUUUAUCGUUGCUGCUGAUGCGAAUCUGUCCUUUAAGAGCACCCAAUCUGCGGCAGAGGAGGCGCUCAAGGUGCUGCAGACUGACAGCAGUUUAGAGGCGAGCUUUGGGAGCUGGAACAUAAGCGGAGGUGCUGGGGCAAAGAUCAAAACAAACGACAAGAGUGCCAGCCAGCACAUGGAGGUCAAGGACGGGGCGUUGCAAAUAUCCUUCCAGGCGCCGCAGAUUAUCGGGUGGGUGAGUGAGGUCCUGCCUGAGCUUCCACGCGGAGAUAUUCCAAAGGCUGGUGGUCUCCACGGAGCGCCUGUGAGGGGAUACCGUGCCAACAUGUAA